AUGAGCAGUACCACGCGAUGUGGCAUUUCUACUAGUCAACUGUGGGCUGCAUCAGUAACUGCGGUCAACGAGACACUCGUCAACUAUGGGACUGUUCCGCUCGACCGAGAUGUGGAUGGCUAUCUGAGUCGGUGGGAAACCAAUGAACCAGUGGUGGUAUUCGCAAGCUCGCAUGUAUUUGAAGCAAACUAUAAUAUCCAGUCCAGUCACACGUAG